CGGGUGGGGGAGCGCAGUGGCCAGACUCCUCACUGCUACCUGGCGGAGCUGUUGGCCGCCUGGAUUUCUCUCCACCUGUGACCUCCGAAGCCUGCCUGCCUGCCGCCCCGCACCCCGCCACUCGGUAGCCUCAUGGCUGCAACCUGUGAGAUUAGCAACGUCUUUAGCAACUACUUCAGUGCUAUGUACAGCUCGGAGGACCCCACCCUGGCCUCUGUUCCCCCCGCUGCCACCUUUGGGGCUGAUGACUUGGUGCUGACCCUGAGCAACCCACAGAUGUCGCUGGAGGGAACAGAGAAGGCCAGCUGGUUGGGGGAGCAGCCCCAGUUCUGGUCGAAGGCCCAGGUCCUGGACUGGAUCAGCUACCAAGUGGAGAAGAACAAAUACGACGCCAGCUCCAUUGACUUCUCACGGUGUGACAUGGACGGGGCCACCCUCUGCAACUGUGCCCUUGAGGAGCUGCGGCUGGUCUUUGGGCCUCUGGGGGACCACCUCCAUGCCCAGCUGCGGGACCUCACUUCCAGCUCGACCGACGAACUCAGCUGGAUCAUAGAGCUGCUGGAGAAGGAUGGCAUGGCUUUCCAGGAGACCCUAGGAGACCCAGGCCCCUUUGACCAGGGAAGCCCUUUCACCCAGGAGCUGCUGGAAGACUGCCACCAGGCCAGCCCCUUCUACGCAGGCAGCUAUGGUGCAGGAGCCCCUUCCCCGGGCAGCUCUGACGUCUCCACCGCAGGGACCGGUACUUCCCAGAGCCCCCACUCCUCAGACUCCGGUGGAAGUGACGUGGACCUAGACCCCACUGACAGCAAGCUCUUCCCCAGAGAUGGCUUUCCUGACCAUAAGAAGGGGGAAAGCAAGCACGCCAAGCGGAAACGGGGCCGCCCAAGGAAGCUGAGCAAGGAGUACUGGGAGUGCCUGGAGGGCAAGAAGAGUAAGCACGCCCCCAGAGGCACCCACCUGUGGGAGUUUAUCCGGGACAUCCUCAUCCACCCGGAGCUCAACGAAGGCCUCAUGAAAUGGGAGAACCGGCAUGAAGGUGUCUUCAAGUUCCUGCGCUCUGAGGCUGUGGCCCAGCUCUGGGGCCAAAAGAAAAAAAACAGCAACAUGACCUACGAGAAGCUGAGCCGGGCCAUGAGGUACUACUACAAGCGCGAGAUCCUGGAACGGGUAGAUGGCCGCCGACUGGUCUACAAGUUCGGCAAAAACUCCAGUGGCUGGAAGGAAGAAGAGGUGGUCCAGAGUCGGAACUGAGGAUCUGAACUAGACCCGGACCAAACUCAGUGACUCGGACUGGAGGCCUGCAGCCCUCCCAGAGGCCAGGCAGGUGUGGAAGUUCCUCCACUUGGAUGUGUUCCCUGCAGAGCUGUGGAGAAGCCGAAGUCUGGUGUGGCCUUGUCCUGGAGCAGAGCCUGCAGCCUCUCCUCUGCCCUCCUUUUGGAAUAUAAGCCCUGGGGUUUGAAGCGACUUGCUCGCUGACUCUACAGCUGCUGGUUGGCUCCUUCCAAUCCAAACGCUGCUGCUGAUGACAUCUCCCCUUGGCAGAUGCUUGGACUCAGCCACGGAGACUUUUGGGAGCACCAGGACAGUGGGGACAGGGCAGUGUCCCAGCCUCUCCUUUCUGGACUGGCUUCCACCUCCCUGUUCAGUGCUUGGGUUCCACGGCGGGGGUCAGAGCAUCCCUAAUUUAUGUGUUAUAAAUACGUCAGAUGUACAUAGAGAUCUAUUUUUUUGUAAAGCAUUCCCCUCCCCCCUCCUCUCUCCCUGAGACUGUGGCCAGAUUUGUCACCCUACCUGGCCAGUGAGAGGAGGGCUGCUGCCAGACCCCUCAAGAUUGGGCUCCUGGCUCCUUUCUUCUGUGAAUGGAGGCCGAGACCUCCAAUAAAGUGCCUUCUGUGCUUUUUCUAACCUUUGUCUCUGCCAUCCGUGUACUGAAAUUUAGGGAUUAGAUAAAGCCUGGGGCUGGGAGAGGGGAGAAGGAAGGGGUCUACGGGACUGAGGGUGAAGGCAGAGGCAAGCGUGGGCUGGGAAGCAGGUCAGUAGGGCUUGUAGGACCUUGACUGGGGGCAAAGAGGACAGGCGAGGUGGUUUACAACAGGGAAAGUGUGCAAGAUGUCACCCAAGCAAGGACGUGAGCUUCGGAAGCUGGGGACUGGGGCCGUCAUGCCACCACCCCUCAUGUGCUCGGUGACCUUGGCCACAUCUAUUCUCUGGGGCUGCUUCCUCCUGUAGGACAGGGAUUUGAACCUGAUGUUCUCCAAGAAGCCUCGAAUUGCAUGUCCAGCCUUGUGGAAUAAAG